AUGGCGGCAUCGCGAUCAUGGUGGACCGGCUCGCCAGAAGCAGAGGAUACAGAACCAGCGCACUCAUUCGAUUCCUCACCUCUGACGGAUGUCGAUCUAUCAGGACCAGAAACUGAACAUCUUCUCACACGGCGCAUCCAUAUUCUUGGGCUUGGAAGUAUUGGAACGCUUGUGGCACAUUCCCUCCGAUGUCUGCCGAACCCUCCACCUGUCACCUUGAUGAUACACAAACGGCAGCAGUACGAGGAAUUCAAGAAGACCGGAAGGGUCAUAUCUUUGAUCAAUAAGGAAAACGAGAUCAAUGAUGAACAGCGAGGGUACGACGUGGAUCUCUUCGAGGGCAACACCUCGGAUGGUACAGGUCGGUGGCGGUUCAUACCUGACCAGGAAUGGAAAAAGGCCACAUCCAAUCCCGUCGGGGAAGACGAACGAUUGCCUUCGGGAGAGCUCUAUAUCUGGUCCUUGAUAGUAGCAGUCAAGGGCCACGCCACUGUAUCGGCGCUUCAAUCUAUUAGGCACCGUGUCGAUGCGAGAACGACAAUUUGUUUUAUGCAGAAUGGUCUUGGGCAAGUUGACGAGCUCAAUCGAGAGGUCUUUACUGACCCAAGAACUCGGCCAACCUAUCUUCAAGGCGUUGUCUCCCAUGGAGUCUACAUGACAGAUCCCACCACGGUGGUUCAUGCUGGAUUUGGAACGGUGGCAUUGGGGAUUUGUCGAGACCGUGAUCGUUUCCCCUUGCCGCCCAAGCGCCUGAACCGGAACAUUUCAGAAUUGGCGGAGGACGAACGCAAAACAUUUUAUCCUACGGACAAGGAGCUUUUUGCCAAUCUUUCUUCUCGAUAUCUCCUCCGCACAUUGACCAGAUCGCCGGUCCUCGCGUGUGCUGCUUUCCCUUAUCUGGACCUGCUACAAUUGCAGUUGGAGAAGUUAUCCUCCAACUGUGUCUUGAACCCUCUAACGGCUCUGUUGGAUGUCCCCAACGGGGCACUUUUGUACAACGACGAGCUUGCCAUGGUACAGAGAUUGCUGCUUGCAGAAAUCUCCUUGGUGAUUCGUGGCUUGCCUGAACUUGAAGGGAUCCCCAAUGUCCGCGUACGAUUUUCAGCCAAGCGAUUGGAGCAACUAUUUCGAGCAGUCACCGAACGGACGGCAAGGAACUCCAGCAGCAUGCGCGAGGACAUUCGGAACGGCAAGAAACCGGAGAUUGACUACAUCAACGGGUAUAUCGUCAGACGAGGCGAGGAACAGGGGAUCAAGUGUGCCAUCAAUUUCAUGCUGAUGCAGCUUAUCAAAAGCAAGCAUCAAUUCACCAAGCCCGGGGACGCAAUCCCGUAUGCGACGAAAAGGCUCAAAAUCGAGACUGACCAUGAUCGGCCAGGCGUCGUCACUCUUAGCGAUGAGAGCAUUCCGCCGAGAGGAAGUCUACAAUGA